GUUGAACGUUGCGGUAAUCCGGUUCAGACAUGACAAGUGCGGCCGAUUGAAGCUGAGCCCAACUCCCGGUGCUCCGUUAAACCUGACCCCCCCCGCACCGUCCCACCGCCGAGCCGGACCCGUGUGCCCCCUGCCAUGGUGGACUGAGAGCUGCGAGGCCGAGAACCGUGACCGUCGGAGGGGAAGUGGAGCUCCUUUGUGAGCGAGUUUGCUCCUUGGGUUGGCAGUGAUGUUGUGCACGGGGCUGCCGGAGCAGCAGCAGCAGCGAGGAGACUGACGCGUCCCCACCGUAGGCCGCCGGGACGAGCACUUUCCCCCGAAUGAGCCCGAGGGGUAAAGACGACCGAAUGGGAGCCAGGGAAGCCCCCAGAAACUUGUGCUAAUAAGCGGCCACUUGGAUAGAGCGAGAGCCCGCUCCUCCACACUGCCUCACCGAUUCCUGCCGAGAGGGAGACCCACAGCUUUCACGGUGGAAACUAGAAGGAGAGCGAAGAUGAAUGCUGUGCGGGGGGGCACAGUCACCUGGCGUCCCCAGCCGUGGCAGGACGGGGACGGGGGAGGAGGGGAGCCUCUGUCCGACAGCGACUCAGAGGAGGAGGACUUCCCCGAUGACAGCACCACCCCGCUGGGCGACUACAUCACACAUGGACUGAAGCAGCUCCUGGAUGCUCAGCAGCUGUGUGAUGUUACUCUGCUUGUUGAGGGGAAGAAGUUCAUGUGUCACAGAGUCCUCUUAGCAGCCGUGAGCCCCUACUUCAGGGCCAUGUUCACCAGUCCCCUGGUGGAGUCUCGCCUAACAGAGAUCCGUCUGGAGGAAGUGACGCCGUCUGUCAUGGAGACCGUCAUCCAGUUUGUGUACACUGGCGAGGCGGGGCUCUCUCUGGACACAGCUGAGGAUCUGUUUGUGGCCGCCAACCGGCUGCAGGUCAUGCCUCUUCAGGACCUGUGCUCCAGGUUUCUAUUUGAGCACCUCUCAGUAGAUAACUGUCUGGGUAUGUACUCUCUGGCUCGCUCUCAUCACGACCAGCUGCUGCUGCGUGCCUCCCUGCGGCUGGUAGCCCAGCACUUUCCCCGGGUGGCCCGGCAGAAAGACUUCCUGCUACUUGACCACGGCACCUUAGGCAGCCUACUGAGCUCAGACCGUUUGGGAGUGGACUCAGAGGCCGAGGUCUACGAUGCGGCGCGCCGCUGGGCAGAGCACCAGCCCUUGGACAGGUAUGCCCACAUGCCUGCCCUGCUUCACCACCUGCGGCCUGGGCUGCUUUCCCAGGAAGAGAGCCGAAGACUGAGCCAGGAGUUGGGGCCUGCCGCAGCUGGUGAAGGCCUCGGGGGGCCUCUGAGACCGAGGGAGGGAAUGUUUGAAAAGAAGAUUGUCUGUGUGGACCUGACGCCUCGGGAGGACGAGAAUUUAGCUGCGAGAGACUACACAGUGGACUGCUUUGAUCCUCGGACAGGAAAGUGGGAAAAAUUAGCAGCGCUGGGAUCUCUUGUCAGUCCUGGCUGCACUGCUGUAGGUGACAGGCUGUUUGUAGCUGGUGGGAUCCUGCGGACAGGUUCUGUGUCUGCAGCAGUGCAUGAAUAUGAUGCAGUGUUGGACCACUGGAUCGAGCGGCCUUCGAUGGUCCAGCCCAGGGCCAUGCUCGGUCUGCUGGGCUGUGGAGAGUCACUCUAUGCCUUAGGUGGCAGUAACCGCUCGGCCCUGCUAGACUCCAGCGAGACCCUGGAGCUGUCAACACUACAGUGGGCUCCGGGGCCCCGGCUACCGCUCCCGCUGCGUGCCUUUGCCUGCGCAGCUUUACGUGGACGACUGUACCUUCUGGGUGGAACCACACUCGAACAGAACCGAGCUGUGGUCCACUCUGGCGUGCUCAUUUAUCACACCCUAACCGACUGCUGGACACGUGUGGCACUGGACUCUGGAGCCACCUGCCUUGCUGGAGGAGUAGCCGUGCGAGGAGGGGUCUGUGCUAUUGGGGGAUACAUGAGGGAUACCACAAAGUUCCUUGAUGGAAACUACACUAACUUGGAGACUUUAGACGCCACUGGGCGUGUUCUGUUUUUCAGAGAGGGCAGGGGGUCUGGUGUAGAGAGGGAGGUGACAGGGGGAGGGGUGAUGGUGACUGCAGAGCAGCGCGGGGCUGCAGGCGGUGGAAGCGACCGAGCCCCAAGCCCAGUGGUAUUUCCCGGGCUCCCUCGGCGGAUAGCAGCCGGGGGUGUGGCCAGGUGGAAAAGGAGGAUUUAUGUGCUGGGUGGGGAAAACGGCUCACGGUUCUAUGACAGUGUGUACUGCUGGAAGCCUGGUUGGCGCAGCUGGGUCCAGAGACGUGAAAAGCUUCCUGGGGAUACUGGAGGAGUGAGCCAGUUUGGGUGCACCACUCUAAAAUUCCCUAAGAAACACAUCCUGUCCAGACUGAGACUAGCCAAAGAAAACUGCAAGAAGGCUGCUGACUAGCUUGACUGGGCCCAUUCUGACUGAAGUGGAGGCAGCCAUUCAUGCGACACACAGAUGAGGUUCAGGCUGAGUUCUGAAUGAGCUCCUCCUUGACCCCAUGAAAUGUUGAGAUAAGUCAUGAGGAAGAGACCAUUUUAUACAGUUGGCAUGCAGCCACAGAGCUGGGUAUAAAUGGAGUGGAUGCAGACAGAUCUUGUGAAAUUUAAUAUGGAUCGUCAAAUGUACAGGCAGACAGCAAGUGGAGCCAGAAACAGGUUUUAAAGAACAGACAACAAGCACCUGAAUGUAACGUAAACCACUCGCUGUCAGAACAGUCAAGUCCUCUGAGAGAGAAUAGGGCCUUUUUUAAAUGUAUUCUCACAUUUUUAUGUUUUUUGUUGGAGAAUCCUUUCAAUGCUGUUUUUUUUAUUCAGCUGUUCAGACACAGACAAGGAUACCUGCACAUUUCAGACAAGGCUACGUUUCACUGAUUCUAAUCUUAAAGUAAAAAAUGUAGUGCCCUAAACAAAAACCUAGGCACCCUCCAUUCUGCUUGUUUGAAGCUCAUUUGGGCUGAACUUGGUAGAAAUGGAACCGGGGCUGCCCUGAACAUCAUGUUGCAAAGCACUGAUAGAAGCAGCUUCAGUGUACGAACUAAAGACGUCUUAAAUCUUUUUUCACCUGUCACAGCCUCUUUUCCUCUUCUUCUGAACUGCUCAACUGUCACUGCUGUCUCCUAUGUUUUCUCCCUGAAUCAUUUCCCCUCCCUUAUAAUUCUUCAUAAACUUUAAUAAUUUUUUUUUACUACAAUCAAGGGCUACACAAAAAGUUCACUUGAGGAAACGCAUCACAUGAAACACAUUAUUACGCUAACAUGUUUUGUUUUCACCUUGCGAAUUAACACAUCAUCAGGUUUAAUAUGGCAUUGCCAAAAUUGAAGCCACCAUAAACUAUGAAUCACUGAUUAACAUAACACAUUUAUCUCUGAAUCUAAUAACCAGGGAAUAGGGGGACUUCCUGUCCUGUCUGUCUUUGGCUCACAUUUCAAACCCCCCUUUAGACAAGACUGAGCUGCUUCUCAUCUCAGGAAAAGUCUGUCCAUGUCUUAGUAUCUCAGCACAAGACAUCAGUCUAAUCCUUUAUAAGCAGAAAGCCUCAGUGCUUGGUACAAGUUGUACUUCUCAUAGGCUCAGUCUAACCCCUGAAUGCUCAGCACAGGUCCAACACCGGUUUUAAUUUGACUGAAACAAUCCUGUUAGUUUAUUGUUGACUUGUCAAGUCUAAAGAAGUGAAACGGCCUUUGUGAGAAAUGUGCAGAUAUGGUUGGAUGAUAGGGGGAAAAAAAUCACAGGAUAAAAGGAACACCGUCUUCCACCAUCAACAUAAUAAUGUAAAGAUGGAGAACCAUGUGUGGAUGUGAGCUUGAUGGCAAUGCAAAGUUGUGAAAAAAUGUUGACACACGAGAAAGAAAUCAUGGUAGCUGUAUUUUUUGUUUUGACGGCAAAUGAGGGCACAUUCACAGUAUUUAACAAUUCCACUGGACAUUGGAAACUAUGUGGGAGUUUGUCAUGAGGCCAUCUGUCAAAAUGACGGGUGAUGUUUGUGUCUGAACUAUCGCUCUGUCCAGCGUCUUUCUGAAACAUGACACCAUGUGACCGCCAGUCAAAUCCAACUGACCUGUUCCUUCCAGCUGCUCCAGCCAUAGGACUUGUGAAUGCGUUUGGCACAGAGGUUAUGACUCAUCUGAACACACUAUCAUUUGCACAUUAUUUAUUGAAAUGUAUUAUAAAGUUUUUUUAGUUUUAUUUUGUUGUUACUUUUUUAAUGGGGACUUUAGCUCUGACUGCAGUGUAAAGGCUCCGUUGUGCUGUACGAUGGCUCUGUACAAUGUGUUUAGAUAAACCUGUCACACAGGAGCACAUGUGUGUAGAUCUCAAAUCCACUUAAAAGGACUUCAUCAUUGGGCCACAUACUAGUUUCAGACGUAACUUUAGAUUAGAGACCAUUGGUACAGUAAAGAUACGCUUAUUUAUUUCAAGUUUACUAAAGCAUUAAAUCACUGGUAGCCUGAAAUAGGUGAAAAUCAAUGAUUUAGUUUUUUUUUUUUUUUAAAAAAGCUAAAUUUAUGUAAUAGAUUAAAAUUAGACUGAUCACAUUUGUCUCAUAACUCUGCUUCUAACUGCUUUCCACUCGGUUAUCAACCAACCAACCGGACACUACAUUUUAAGUUUCAGUCAAACCAUCCUCCCAUUUAAAAUCUCCAGCCACAGAAGUUAUUUCCAGUGAGCUUUAAAACAUUGUGACCUAGGCUGGAUCUCAUUUUAAGUGUGAUUUCAUACACACUACAUGAUACAUGACAUACUCAAGUUAAUUCCAUUAUGUGUAUUUAAUACAUCAUACACUAUUCCAGGACAUCGUUUUUCUCACCCAACCCAUGCUCUUGAACAGAGACAACGAUUUAUUUACUAUUUCCAUGAAUAGAAAGAGGGACUGUGAGGGAAUUUGUUUGCUUUGUGAUUUUAUGUAUCUCCACACAGCAAAUUGGAAACACUAGUUCUAUGAUGUGAAUUUUGCUCCUUUCACAAAAAGUCCAUAUUUUUGUAUCAGCCCCAGCUAAGGCCAGACUAGAUGGACCAUGGGAAGACUGUGUGCUUGUGUAACUCUUUACAAAACCAGUUCAGACCAUAUACAUGUGUAAAUUGUACAAUAAAUGUUCUGGGAAUGGAGAGAGAAUUAAAACCCGAGCAUUAAACUGAUUUUCAGCAAGAAUCGCCACAACUGGGAAAGAAGAUGUUUUGGGCUCAAGACAUUUAACAUUGUAACACUUCAUACCUGAUAAUUUUUUUAUUAAAGAAGUGUUCUCUAGUCAAAGUGAUUUUUUGGUCAUGAAUUGCAACCCUGUCUUUCUAAAUAUCUCUGACACACUGCCUCUUUAAUUACCCAUAACUCUAAUGUUCUGAAUUCUCGCCCAGAAAUGUCUAAACGACUUGAUUUUCUUUUCUUCUUGCUUACAGCUUGUAAGAUGUGUGAAAAGUGACUGUGUCCGCUUGCAUGUUUUCUAUUCCGAGGCCUAAAUCUGUUCGACACGAGCACACCCACGUACUGUGUCCAUUCAGAGAAGUACAUCUGCCCUCAUCUGUACAAUCUAAUGAAGUUUGUGGUCUGAAAGGAAGGUGGCUGUUUUGAUGAAAGCAGUGCUAUGAAACGAUUAAAGGACUAUUUGCUUA